UGUCCUCUCCCUUUCGACUCAAAGGCUUAAACGAACGCCUCUGCUCGGUCGCUCACUGCCUUCGCUUGCGCGUUCGUCGACUAGCAACACGCAGCGACGCCACACUCGCGCAACCCUCGGCGUCGUCGGAGUCGGACCGCAGAAAAAUUGGUAGAAAUCGGCUUCAAUAGGGUGGUGACAGAAGUCCAAGACGAAGAUGGGUACUUCAACGGCACUUCGAGAUCUACAGCGGGAUCUUGAGAACAAGGCUAAUGACUUGAGCAAACUCCAGAAAGACAUUGCCAAGAAUCACCAAGUGAGGAAGAAGUACACUAUCCAGCUUGGGGAGAAUGAGCUCGUCCUUAAGGAGUUGGAUUUGCUUAGUGAAGACGCGAAUGUGUACAAGAUGAUUGGUCCUGUACUUGUGAAGCAGGAUCUGGCAGAGGCAAAUGCAAACGUGCGCAAGAGAAUUGAUUAUAUCUCUGCUGAACUGAAGCGUCUUGAUGCGACUCUGCAGGAUCUGGAAGAGAAGCAGAACAGCAAGAGAGAUAUGAUCCUGAAGCUACAACAGAGGAUUCAAUCUCUUCAGGCUGGGAAAGCAAAGGCAUAAUCUGGACCUGGUAUAUGUUCACCACAGGUUUCAGCAGUGAAAAGUCGAGAUCCAUAAAAUGGUAAACUGUAUGUAUGCCCUAUUGUCUUCAUUCAGGGACGAGUCUCGGGAAUGAGAGACUGGAGUGUGGGAACAUCUAUGACUAAGGUGAUUGCCUGAGAACAUUGGAAAAAUGGAGUAUUCCGAAAUGAGGUGGUGCGACUUUGAAAUUUUCCCUUUCGCUUUGAAAGUUUAGCUGAUGCCAUGGGCCAGAAAAAACUUGGGAACCGUCUCUUCCGUUUGAAAUAUCGUGUCAAUAAAUUGGAAGCAUAUUUUUUCUAGACAAAGUAUUACUCAUUCUGAAUUAUGAAAUGGCAGAGAUUUGCCAU